AUGCCCGAUAUCGAUGCCCUCGAUGUCAUCAACGGUAGUGGUAGUAGUAGUAGUAGUAGUAGUAGUACUAAUGAUGAUGUUGUUGUUGUUAGAUACUGCAGUGUUGCAUGUUAUAAAGAGCAUAGUAAUGGUAGAUGCUCACAGGGGUUCUAUCAUGAUGAAGUUAUGUCAUAUACUCAAGUUAAUAAACCAACUGAGGAGGAGAAGAGGAAUGUUGAGAUGAUGAUAUAUGAUAAUAACAACAACUCUGAUGAUAUAUCCUCCACCACCUCCUCCUAUGAUGAUGAUGAUGAUGAUGAUGAGGUAUUGAAUCUAUAUCGUUUAUUGGAUGCCCUAGAUGAUGAUGAUGGACACCAGAAGGAGAAGGAUAUGAUACUUGCACAUCUUGGUGAUUAUCUAUCACAAGAACAAAUAAAUGAUUUCAGAAGUGAACUUAAAUCCGGCAAGCUAUACCAUCAAUUCCUCAAUAAGAACACUGAUGAUGAUGAUGUUAUAGAGGAGUGGUCACCCUGGUGGAAGGAUAAAGUAUUAGCCUCAGAACGUAGCUAUGAGGCUACUGCUAAUAGGAGAUUAAGAAGACAUCUAUGUUGUGAUGGUACUAUUGGUACAUUAACUCUAGUAGUAAAGGAAGAUAUCAUUGUAUACAGGAUAUGUUCUGUAUUAUAUGGAUAUACUAAGCUUGUUAGACAAGAGGAUAAUCAUCUUAAUUGCAUCGAUUACGACAAUCUACGCCAAAUGGCUAUCACCAACAUGUAUAAUGAUCCACAGGCUUGGCAGGAUGUAUCGGAUAUAUUAGAUAAUGAGAGAUCUUAUCAAUUACUCAUGUCUAUACUAUAUGAGAUAAGGACUAUGUUGGUAUCAAGUGGUAUACAGUCAAAGAAGGAGAUUAUGGCACUACGACUAUUGGAGAGUUACAC